CAGUCCAUACGCAUGCUGUAGGGGCUUUUCGGGGGGCGUCGCGCGUGCUGUACAUCAACUGCCUAGCCAGCAUUUGCGGCGUGGACUUCCCGUGCAGGGAAUUUGCUCACAGUGCAUCCGUAGAUCGCGAGACCAUAGCCCAAUUACCCUCCUAAAGCCGGGAGGCUGAAACCUUAAGGAGCGCAAGGAGCUGAAAAAAGAGGGUCAUGAGGAGCCUGGUGUGCAUCGCGCAGGCGUUGCUGUUCGGCCUCGUCUGGAUUCACGGCUCACACGCUGCCUGCAAACUGUCAGUGCCAAAAGGAUUUCUGCAGACGCCUUAUCCGGACAUCAGAAAAAUGUUCCAGUAUGGCUAUAAAAUGACCGCAGAAUCUAACAACGUAACCGAGAAAAACACAUAUCAUGCCACAGAGUACUACGACGUAAAGCGGAAGCGAGGCUAUCUCAACGUUUACAGCGGAGGCCAACCAUUCGAAGUCUACUACAGUCAUCGGACUAACGAGGCCUUUUUCUACACGGACUCGCACUGCGAAACGUAUUCGCUCGACAACCUUCCCAACGACUUCCAAAAGGUUCUGCUCAAAUGGUCCGACUACAGUGGCACCUAUACCAUCGUCGGCGUCUCGACGCUCUUUAUGGCCCCGCUUGUCAAGAAAGACGUCAAAGUGGCAUUCCAAGGAACAAAUUUUACCGUACGAGGUGUUCCGGCCUUGAAAUACUCAGUUUGCCUGAGUGACGAUGACGACCCCAUCGACGUGUACUUCUCCGAUCCCAAACACAGCACUUACGGCUCCACAUUCCCGCUACCUCUGAGAAUCGUCCAAGGCAAAGAGGUUUCCGACAUCAUGAUGAUGCAGGACUACAUCACCGACACCGAAGAUAAGUUCAAGAUUCCAGUUGGGCGUGGAUGUGCUCGCAUUAGGACUAAUCUGCCCAAGCCUCCCAGUUUCGCCAACGUCUCGAUCGAGUUCCACUCGGAGCUGAUGUUCAGGAACUUUCAGAGCUCGUCCGAGUUCUACUACUCUUCGCACUUGGACAUCAUUCGUGACAUUUCCAGUGACCACAUGAGUGCCGUCGUUGAGCCCUGGGCUACGAGCGAACACAACGCGCAGCAGACGGAACCGGCUGGUACAUACCAAGAGAUAUUCGACUACUACAAUGGUAUUCUGUACAAGAUCGACAAGUCCGGAGAACAGGAAAUGUGCACAGUGUCCGCCGAGGACCGAUACACGCUGAACGUGACGCUGCCAGGGCUAGACAAAGUCGACAUGCUGAACAUCAUCUUCGUCGACGUGGAGUCUCUCAUGAACGCCAGCUACCUAGGAAUUCAUACCGUGCGGGAUAUGCCGACUCACGCCUUCGAGCUUCUCAUGGAUGGAUUGGAUGGAAGGUCGUCGAAGAUAACACAAGCGACCAUCACCUACUACUAUCUCCAGGAUAACAUGAUCUGGGACCGAGACCUGAGCCACAGAAACAUUCCGGUGAAAAUAACCGCUCGCACGUUCACCACGUCACAACUCCAGUUGAAGCCGUUCUACGAGAUCACGCUCAACAUCCACGACCUGACGACGGUGAUGGAGCGAAUGAACGAGAAGAUGAACGUCCUGUCGUGCUACAACGAAGACGAUCAGUCCUACACGUGGUUCCAAGUUGGCUUCCCAGCGAAGCCGUAUGAAGUGGAAACAGCCGUGCAGGCAACGUCUGCAGUGAAAGAGAAGUUUUUGCAAAAGCUAUACGAAGUGGCCGAGCUAACACCUCUCAGAGUCCCACGAGUUCUGGUCGACUUCACGAGCAACAUGGUGUUUGUGACAGCAUUGAUUCUAGAACGCCCAGCUGUCAUCGAGGACUACGUCAAGAAAGACAACUUCGGCUUCAAGACUUCCGACUACACGGAGGCCGUCCUACCGCUCCAAGACUGUCUCAAGAUCUGCUCCAGCAGCGGUCGCGACUGCACUGCUGCGGCCUACUGCGGUGCGUCAUGCUACACGACUUCCAUGUACAGCGAGGAUGACACGCAUAACCUUGAAAAAUCCGUCGACUGCAACGUUUAUGCAAAGACCAAGCUGGGUAUGGUCCGCAAGCUGCCCGUAACUCUGGACGCCAUCCAGAAAGUGGUGCAGGCGGUCGCCGACAACAAGUUUGUCAUUCUCGUUCGACGUCGUGGUACUGUAUACGGGGUUUUGGCCCUGACUGCCGAGACUACCGACGAUUCCAUCGGAUCGCUUCCCCAAACAUUCGGCGCCAGUGACAAAGAAACUCGCGAGAGGCACAAGAGAUUCGGCCCCAACGUGGUCGGUUUCACCACCACCGCCGUGGGCGUGCGCAUCAGCCCCGGUGCCGCCUCGUCGGCGCCUGCGGGCAGGUUCCAGCUGCAGGACUGCGCCGACAUCUGCCGCGACCGGGACGACUGCCAGGCGUUCUCCUCCUGCCUGGUGACCAAUGAGUGCGUACUCAGCACCAACCGGACGUACCACAGCGCCGCCACGGAGAAACAAACCAUGUGCGCCGUCUUCUCCAAGACGUACACGAACAGCUUCAACAUGUUCGAAGGCAUGUCCCUGGAUAUGAAGGCCAGGAAGUUUGCCGACGUUCCAGCCAACGAGGACUGCGCGCGGCUCUGCCUGUCCGAGACCGAGUUCGAGUGCAAGUCGUUCGACUACUGCACCAUGACCCGGGACCCGGCCACCGUGUGCCGGCUGCAUGACACCCACCUGCGCGAGUACGGCGACCCCGCCAAGCUGGACGCCAAGAACGCUGAGAAGUGCUUCCAUUACUCGAAGAAAUACCUGUACGACUUCAAGAAGAUGAAGAACCAGCGUGUCAUCGACCGCCAGCAGUUCACCACGAUCAGUCAGGUGUCGGCCGAAGAGUGUGCCCGACAGUGCUGGGAGGCCACGUUCGAUUGCAAGGACUUCGACUUCUGCUUCGCCUCCGGCAAACAGAACAUGGGCGUCGGCACCUGCACCAUGUACGUGCACAGUGACGAACCCGUCAAGACGACCAUGUCGCCCGUGUGCUCGACGUACGCCUACACAGGAAACCCUGACCUUAUCAGACCAAUGGAUUACGCGCUCAGUGCAUCUCUUCACAGCAAUGCUACGGCGGGUGGACUCUCGUUCUUCAUGAUUCUGCUGGGAAUCGGCAUCGGCGCCGCUGCACUCUUCGGCUACGCAUUCUACAGGUCGCACCGUGCGAACCGGGUCUAGCCGAGCGGACUCGAAUCCCUGGACGCGAGGAACACUCAACCCAUCAUCGCAUCUCUAUUCACACGCCCAUUAUUUAUGCUCUCAUGAGUCGGCGCGCAAAAAAAAAAAUAGAAAGAAAA